AUGGGAAGGAUAGUCGACAUCAACCAGCGCUGGAAACCGAUAUUGGCAACAUGCGGUUUCGUAGUAGUGGCAGCUUUGGGGUUUCUCUUGCAGUUUGGAGUGCACACACAACCACUGCAGUACGGUGACCUGCAAAUUUCCAUUUCAACAGUCUUUUACCUCUUUCUGACUCCCAUGUAUGGAUUCGCUAGAGACAGCUCCUGUUACCGAGAACCUCAUCGAGUGCUCUUCCGAUGUCUCUGCUGCAUCCUCUUGGCAUGGUACGUGAAUGCCCUGUGGACGUUCCCUGACGGCCCCUUCACUCUGAACGCUUCCUUGAAGCAUAGCAUUGCUGGCGUUCUUCUGCUCCUGUCGCAUUCCAUGCUUGCCUGUUGGUUUCUGUUGGUGGCACAGGGCUGGGGCACGCAUGCCUUUCCUGAAGGGUCCCGUGCCCAGCCACUAUUUAUCUUGGCUGCAUGCCAUGGCACAGUGGGGAGUAUUGUCUAUCUUCUUCUUAGCUUCCAAGAAACGCUCGUUGAGAAAGAUUAUACCAGUACAACAUGGAGCAGUUGGCAACUGAAACUGGUAAGGACUAUGGAUUUGGGGAUAUUUAUCCUGGGCGCAUUGUACUGUUUCCUGUUUUUGGUGUACAUUCUGUGGUGCAACAAGAGCUUGAUGGGUACCAUUCAGAGGCUUUCUGAGGCUGACGACCAUUACAAUCAGCGGAGAUACAGAAUUGCACGGGCAGCAUUCUGUGUCUAUGUAGUUGAAUUGCUGUCGUUCAGCGUUGGUUUGAUUCCUGCCUGGCAAAUUCUGAAACUGCUGAAUCAUGUCUUUGGGUUGGUCUUUGUUGGGAUUCUGGCAUGGGUCUGGUGGCCUCAUCCUCCUGAGACUUCUGCCUAUGGAUCGAUUUCGUCAUCCGAGCCUGACGAUGGGAUUGAGCUUGGAGGAGGCGGUAAAUGCGCUGGAAAGGCUAUCGACACGGCUGAUGGCAAUAACAAGACGGACACCGUUUUAUUCUCCUGUUAG